AUGCCGAAAAAAGGAAAGGGAAAAGGCAAAGGAAAAGGAAAAAAAGGAAAGAAAGCUGAAAAAGCUAAAGCCAAAGAACAAUUAGCUCUUAAAAAUGAUCUUCAUAAUUCAAAUUUAUGGGAAGCUCAACUUAAUAUUAUGGAGCUAUCUCGAAAACAUUAUCGAGAUAUAGCUAGUAAUUUGGCAUAUGAAAAUGAAUCAUUACGUGAUCAUAUGCGUGAAACUGAACAUGAGACAAUUGAUGUAGUAACAUUUUUAAAAAAACAAGAUGCUAAUAAAGAUACUGAGAUCGAUCGUUUACAACAAGGUAUUCAACAAUUAAAAAUGGAACAUCGACAAAAUAAAGAUGAAUUAGUCUCUCAUUUUACUAAACAAAGACGUAAAUUAGAUGAAAAAAUUGCUCGAAAAGAAACUGAACUUGAAGAAGUUCGUCAAGAACUUAACGAGUCGCAGGAUCUUCGAAAGAAAAAAAUACAAAUGCAAAAAGAACUUGAAGAUAUUAGAGAUGCAACAUUAUACAACGAAAGAGAACAUAAAGAAACAUUACAAAAACUGGAACAAAAGUUUUUUAUUGAAAGAAUACGUUUACAACAGGAAUCAAAGGAAAAGAUCGAGGAGAUAGCUGCACGUGCACAAGAAGAAGCAUUAAAAGGUUUAGGCGAAACAAGUCGUAAUGUUUAUCGAGAAAAUACUGAACUUAUUGACUCUAUACGUAAACAUAAACAUGAAUUUGAUAUAUUACAAAAAGAGAAAGAUCAAUUAAAAAAACUUAUCUCAUCAACUAGCGGUGACAAAGAAUUAAAUGAUAUAUUAAUAAAAGAAAAAGUUGAACAAAUACAAAAACAAAAUAAUACUAUUAAAGAAUUAAAAGAAAAAAUUCAAUUAUUAGAAAAUUCUUUAACACAAUUUAUACAAGAAUUUAAUGUUGAAAGAACAAAUCUCGUUGAACAGUCAUCUCAUUUACAUGAAUCAUCACGUAAUGAAAUUUUAAAAUUACAACGUACAUUAGAAUUAAAAACAAAAGAAAUGAUUAAAAUUAAAAAAUUAGCAAAAAUAAUUAUUGAACAACGUUCAGAAUUAGAAACAUUCUUUUUAGAUGCUUUACAACAUGUUAAAAAACAAAUUAAUUUUAAUCGUUUACAAUAUCGUAAAGAUGCAUUUAAUGCAUAUCAAAAUCGAAUGUUAAAUGCUCAUCAUGGACAAGGAGAUUAUCCAAAAAUAAGAACAUUUAAUGAAACAUUUCCUGGAUAUAGUACAAACAGUGUUUUUCAUGAUUUAGAAGAAGCAACGAAAUGGACAAAUCUUGGUUCCGAAGUUGAUAUUGGUGAGUUAACAUGGGAACAAAAAGAACAAGUACUUCGAGCAUUAUUUUUACGAAUGAAUUCAAAAAAAGCAAGAAUGACAGAUCUUUCAAUGAACAAAACUCAAAUUGAUAUGAAUACUCCUUCAAUAGCUUCCGAUCGUGAUAAUACAAAUAAUGUUUUUGUAACACAAACACCAGAAAAUAAAGAUUUAUCCGAAUCUCGAAAUAGUACGAGUACAACUAGUGUACCAAAAUUACCUCAAAUUACCUCUGCAGUCACAACAUAA